AUGGAGGCCAUCGCGAAACUUGAAGACAGGGAGAUCGAGAAAGUCCUCUUUCCCACCCUCGGCGCCUUUCUGCCAUUACUGGCACAAAACAAGGAUGCGAUUGCGAGUGUUCCAGUGAAGACGUUCACCUACGGAGGCACCCCAAGGCACCAGCUCGAUGUUUACUAUCCUCCCAAUCCCACAAGCGGAGCGAGCCCUGUCCUAUUCUUCAUAUACGGGGGCGGGUUCACGAGUGGCGAACGUACAUUGCCUGGCCCGGCGAGCCUGGCGUACGCUAACCUGGGGGCAUACUUUGCCCGGAAAGGCUUCAUCGUCGUCGUCCCCGAUUACCGACUCGUACCCCACGUCAAGUUCCCCGGGCCAGCUGAAGACAUCCGUGACGCCGUAACAUGGGUCGUAGAUGACCUGAACAAGUCGAGCGGUGCUGGUCUUCCACAAGCAGAGACGAACUCGAUCUUCAUUGCGGGUCAUUCAGCUGGUGCGGCCCACACAUGCACAACCGUUUUCUACCCUGGUCUGGCCCCGGCUGAACUGAAGCAACACAUCAAAGGCCUCGUUUUGAUGUCUGGCGCCUAUCACAACUUUCCCGCCGGAACUAAGGGUGAUUUCGAAGAUCUCAAGGACGUAUAUUGGUCGGGGGAAGAGCACAUGAAGAAGAACGAGCCGCUGCAGUUACUUCAGGGUGUUCCGGAGUCAGAGGUGGCGAAGAUACCUAGUAUAUUGCUGGUGGAAGGCGAACGGGAACCUGAAUGGCUGCAGAUCGUCGGGGAAGACUUCUACAAAGAGGCGUCGAAGAGAGGCGUUCAUGCAGAGAAGUUAAUCGCCAAGGGGCAUAAUCAUAUCAGUCUCUCCAUGGCGUUAUCGUCGGGACAAGGAGAGGAGUGGGCUGAUACGGCGGCGGAAUGGAUGCUGGCAAGACUCAGCUCGUAA